CACUUAAACCCGCUUGAAACGAGCCAACUGACACAGUAAAACCCUAGCUAUCCCCCCCAAAUCAUCACUAAAACCCUAGCUAUCUCUCCAAAUCAUCAGUGAAACAUUUUCGAUUGUUUGUCUUCAUCUCUUCUAAUGCGAUGGUCACAUCUGGAGAUGUCCAAGAGAUCGUCUUAAAGCUUUCAUCUGAUAAAGCCAAAGCCCGUGAAGAAGGGAUUAAGUUGUUAAAUACAUGGCUAGAAGGAGAAAGGUUGAUCGAAUUUUGUAGAUAUUUAGGACGGAAUACAUCAAUGCUCAAACCUCAUGACAUACCACACGCUGAAACGUGGCCCUUUCUUGUUAAAUUGCUCACUAAAGCUAUAUCAUUGGAGGUAUAUUCAAGCAAGAGGCGCUUGCCGAAAUUGGCAUUUGCAAAAACUCUUAGAAUCGUGGUACUAAGAGCAGAAGAUGGCAAAAGUUUGCAUCUUCUAUCUGUGGCAAAGUUACUUUUCAAUCAUAUAUGGGAUAUUUUAAAGGAUGUUCCAAGCUUCCAGUCAGAGUAUGGAAUUAUUCUACGGCAUCUUUUGGAAGUUAAACAUCUUCAGUUUCACUUGAGGAAGCGUGUGUAUUCUAGUCUGGUGCUUCUGUACAUGGGAAAGGUUGAGACAAGCUUGAGUGAGCGUAAUUUUGGACAAUCAAAUCCCAAGGAGGAGGUCUUUCGGUGCAUCCUCACGCUUCAUUCACUUCUUGAUAGUCCUCCUGGAGAUUUUUCUAAUGAUCUUCAGGAAGGAAUAACACAAGGUUUUGUUGAGAUUUUCUCUAAUUUAAGGGAUGAGGGGAAGAUUUUGCGCAAAUUAGUUGAGUGUAUAAAUACAUAUUUGAUUAGGGAUGGUCCGAAUAUGGGAUCUCGAUCCUUAGAAAUUCAUGAUGCUGUACAUCAAUUUCUUUUUCGUGUUUGGGUAACGACCCAUGAUCGUCGUCUGAAGGAUGCCCUUGUUUUGUACGGCAGGUUACAAUUGAAAUUAGUAAGGGGUGCUACUGAUGGCAGUAUUUUAUUGGAACAACUUUUGGAUAUAAUAGGAAAGGAACUAGAUCAAAUUAGUACUUCUGCUACCAGUCUGCCGUGGAACGAUACAAACAGGGAUGAUAAGCGAGGUACCUUGACAAGCUCACAAUCUAGUUUGCUGGAGCUUGCAGCUAUUGUUUUUUGUCGGGCAUGCCUUAUUUCAUGCAAAGCACCUGUAGCUGAAAAACGAGCCAGGAGGGAGCAUGCUGUUGUCUAUUUAAACGAACAAAUCAUUAAAGGAAAGUGGUCUUGGAAUGCAGCAUUUUGCUUCCUUGUUCGCAAUUACUCUAGUCGCAUAAAACAUGAUCAUUUUAUCUACUGGUUUGAAGGAUUAUCUACAAACUUUGAGAGAAUGAUGAAUGCAGCAACCAUGGAGCAUGCUUAUGACGAUCUUCUGUGGACUCUACGGAGUCUUCAAGGACUCUCAUCAGUUCUUCUCUGUUCUAUAUAUGGAGUGGAGUGCUCAGAAAAAGCGGAACUCGUCAAUAAUCAGUUGUACAGAGGCUGGCUUACUAUAUGGAACACUCUACUACGUGGUUUGCCAAUGUUCAAUAAUGUUCCAUCAGUUGCAGAUGCUGCUCUUAUACUCCUUGGAAAUAUUAAUUUGAGUGAUUCAAUGAACAGCUUUAUUAUAGCUCAUGAUGUAUGGGAUCUCCGGUUAUUUAAAAAUUCCCCAUCAGUGUCUCUUUUACGCUUCAUAGCAGGCUAUUUUUCGAAGAAAGGAUCCCAUGAUGAUCUGUGGGACGUUUUACAUUUGAGAAAAGAUCUCUUGAGGACGGUUAUGACAUUGCUUAAUUGGAAGGAACGUUUGGUGUUCAAUGAGCAAAUGGCUGUAUUGUUGCCAGCAGCUGUAUUCUCUCUUUGUGCUGGUUCUGCUUGUUUUGCAAACUGUGUUAAAGGAUGUUCUUUGGCUCACCUGCUUGUAGAUAUCCCUGUAACUGUUGAUGACAGCAUGGAGGUUGAAAAACUAGAGCAGGAAAGUUCACAUGAUCUGUUUGAUUGCUCUGUGGAAGUGCUUGCUGAAAUUUUUCUCGACCCUUAUACAGAGACAGCCCAAUCUCCGUGCGACCAGAAGGUGCGCCUUCCCCGUCAUUUGAGGGACUCUCUGCUUCAUGAAAUGGAGCUCAACAUUCUUGAAGUUCUAGGAAAUAAGGAGAUUGAAAAGAUGAAUCUAUCAGAUGUUUUCUUUCUAUGUGCUCUUUUGUCGAAUUUCAUGUAUGGUUCAUAUGUUACAAGGUUCAAAGAAGAAAACAUUUCUUUCCUUUCCAAGACUGGUCAGUACAUCUUAGAAAUGCUGGGUCAUGCUGCUUCUAUAAUUGAAAAAUGUUCCAGUGAUGUCGGAUAUGGUUCUUUUGGUGGUCUUGAUGGCAUGGACUCUAUAUUAACUUCUUUAAAAAGUUUUACUGGUUCACCGCUCUUUAGCUAUCAGGAGGAUGAUCCUCCAUUUUAUAAUGAUGUUAUCCAAUCAUUUGAGAGACUUUUGAAGGCUCUGACUAAACUAUACGAGGGAUUUUCUGAUGGCACAAAUAAUCUUCAGUCUGAGAUAGAUCAGCCAGGUUGGUCUAUUCCAGACAUUUCUGUUCAAGAAUCUCGAUCAUCAAAGCACAAUAAAAUGACAGUCUUGGAUGUAGAGUUGGACGCAGAUGAUGAUUCCAAAGAUGUUGAUAUUAUGAGUACUGGUGGAGAGAAUCCCCGAGUGUCUCCUAAUGUUAGUUGGAAACUGGACAUUAUAUCAUUGAUCUCAAGCUUUUUUUCGGUUCUUCCAGUUGCCACGUGGGAUGUUUUAUUUAAUUUAAUACGAAUAGAAAGUGAUCAAAGGCUGAUGGAAUGCCUUCUGUUUCACCUUUGUCAACAUCCUUGCUGGUCCUCCCUCCAAGGGUUUUCUGACAUGGUUUUAUCACUGGACAAUAUGGUUGAUAGGCUUUCUGAUGUUAAGCUUCAGCCGACUAAGAUACUGGCUGCUAUUUGUGGCUUGUUACAGACGUUGAUGUCCUUAAACAAAGUACCAAAGGAAAAAGAGCUCACUCGUUCUAUCAAAUCAGGGUCAGCGGAACAGUGCACAUCACAAGCUUCCAUGGAGUUAAUUCUAGAGAAUGACUCUCAGAGUUUGGUACCACUGGGUGAUCUUGUUAACAAAAUUGCAGAGAAUGACCAAUUUGAUUGGUCUGGUCGUGUUAAACUCAUUGACUGCAUAUGCAACUUUGUAUUACUGAAUCCUCAAAUCAGUCAGGCCAUGAUUGAGAAGCUGCUGUUGAUGCUCCGGGAUCCUGACUUUCGAGUUCGAUUUUCUCUAGCAAGAAGAAUUGGUGUUCUUUUCCAAACGUGGGAUGGCCAUGACGAGCUCUUCCAAGAUAUACUGUCAAAUUUUAGUGUAAAAUUGGUGGUGUUAUUUAAGGAUAAGCUUGUUAAAGCAAAGGAGGUUUUAGCUGCUGGUCAUCAACCGCGUCCUUUGAUGGAAACCAUCAUUGUAACCCUCGCACAUCUUGCCUUGCACAGUGAGAAAAUUGAGUUGGAGGCUGUUUUUAUGAUCUGUGUUAUUGCUGCAAUUGAUUCUUCCCAGAGGUACUAUUUUUCUACUCUUGUGCUGAUGGGCAAAAGGCUAUAUAUUUACUUCAAUUGUUUUACUACAGGGAACUGGUUGGUGCAAUACUUGAUAAUCUAUCCCGAAAACUACAAUACAGCUCCAGAUCAGAGAUCAUUCAAAAACAAACGAGAUAUGUCUACUUGUUUUUAUACUUCUGGAAGUACCGGAUUUUUCAAGGUUCUUAAACAUCAAGGCGAUUGGAAUUUGAAUUUUCUGCAGUACAUGGGAGAGCUUAUUGCACCAAUUCUUUUCUUCUGGGUCCACUGUGGCGUAAGCUUAGCUGCACUGGUUGAGACACGGGAACUUUUUGUUCUAAAUGUGGAAGCUAGUAAUUUCAUUCAAUAUUCUUGUCAUUGGCUUCUUCCAGCUUUGGUUUUGCAUAACGACAUUUCCAGCUUGAACUGGGUUGCCAAGGUUGCCGGUCAACCUUCUGCAGCUCUUAUUAAGACUCAAUUUGUACCUAUCUUUUCAGUAUGUAUAGCAUUACAUUGCAGUAAAAGGUCUGGGAGGGAAUCUGGAACAUCAGUACUUCAAAGUUCAAUGUUAAGCAUCUCGGGGAUAUCCGAGAGUGAGCGGGAUACACUUAUCAAGAGACACAUGGUUUCUAUUGUCAGUCACAUUUUAUCACUUUCUUCCCGGUUAUCAGAACCUGCAUUACCCUUCUUUCCCAAGGAGACGAUUCAACGUGCAAUUCAAACAGUUGUCGAUGGUUUCUUGAACAUGGAACCAGUUCCUUGCAGCGUAGUCGUAAUGGACAAAAUUAACAUUUUCCGCCCCGAUAGAGUUUUUAUGUUCAUACUUGAAAUGCAUCAUAAAAUUACAGCAUCGAUUCACCAUAGGCACAGAUGUAACAGGUUGUCUGGGAUUGAGGUGCUCAUUAAUGUUCUUGGGCAUAGAGCUGCAGUACCAAGCACGUCCAAUUAUCUUUUCAACUUGGUGGGGCAAUUCAUUGAUUAUGGUCCUUUACAAGACCAAUGUUGUCGGAUCAUUUCUACACUGCUCAAAACACUUAAGGACAACCAAUCCAAAGUCGGUAUUGAUGUGCUUGGUGAACAACUUCAGUUUCUGGUAUCUAAGUUAGUUGAAUGUUGCAUUGCCUCGCAAUCUGAUUUCAAACACUCCCGCACUCGACCAUCUGAGGCUUUAUCACUACUGCAUGAACUUGUUGUUGAUUCUGAUCCAUCUCUUCAUAAGCAUAUCAAAGAACUUGGGCCUUUUCCUGUAUUUGAUAUAUUUGAUAGAAUACGUAAGUUCCACCUUGAACUAUGCCAAGAGUACUCAGCAAGAGACCACUUAUUAGAGUUUGUGAGGAGAUCUAGUUGUCUUCCACCACGGUUGGUUAUAUGCAGUCUCAAGGCGUUGCACAAUAUCAUGUUCACAGGGUUUCAGCCUGAAAAGAAUGCAAGACAAUUUUUUGGAGAUGCAUUUUGGCAAUAUGACCAUGAAGUUGUACAUGCGGUUUGGACUCUAGUCUGGAUGGCCAGGUCAGACGCAACAAACAGUUUUGGAGCACUUGUUUCUGACUUUUUAUCGAUGGUCUCAUUCUUAAGCUCCUUUCAUUUCCCUUUCUUCUUCCUGCACUAUAUUAUGCCAUUGAUAGAAUCAAGUGAUAAAGAAUUAUUUCCUGUUGGGCUCCAGAUCGGCAUUGGGGAUCCACAUCGCGUUGUUUUCCAUCUUCCUGGAGAGUCAAACCGGAUACAUGUGUGUCGGCCUCUUUAUUCUGAUAGUGGUAGUGGCUUUAGUUUUCGUAUGGAUUCAGGUUUAUCCGAAGAGCUCUUAAUUGCAGUGAUGCGGCUUUUGAAGAAGUAUUUGAUGGAUGAAUCUGUUGAGAUAAUUGAGAUGGCAUCUCAAGCAUUACGUGGGAUACUUUCAACUGAAAGGGGUCACCGAGCUUUACUAUCACUUGAUUCUUAUGAGAGGUCUAUACUUGAGGUUCAUUCCAAGGGUGUUAAUCCGGAGCUAGUUCAGAGUUCUUUAAUGGAUCUAGAAAGGAAGUUCAAUGCUCAAUCCAUUUCCAUUGAGAAGGCUACUAUAUGGGAGACUCGUGACAAAUCCUUUCAGACAUGGAUCUGUCAACUAGUUUAUGCCCUGAUAUAUUUUUGUGAUGAUACUAUCUUAAGGUUAUGUCAGGAUAUUGCGUUGCUGAAAGCUGAAGUUGCGGAGCUUCUUUUGUCAAAUAUUAUGGUCAAUCUUGCAAAGAGGAAGGAUUUGGACAUUGAUCUGUGCAAGUUGAUCUCUGUGAAGGUGGUGGAGGAGAUAGUCGUAGAGUCCAAUAACUUAAUUAGAUCAGUUCAGGUUAUUUUGGAUGCACUCAAUGAGCUUCGGAUAUGUCAUGUAAUGGAGAGGGCUACUUCUGUUCCAUCUAAAAACGAAAGCUCAAAGUAUGCAAAGUCAUCUAGUUAUAACUCUAGAUCCCGUUGUACACCACUUAAGGCGAAGGACCAUGCUGCAACGUCUAGUCAAUCGCUGACAUCUACUUUGUUGUGGGAAAAGGUUUAUUGGCUUCCUAUUGACUACCUUGUUGUCGCUAAAUCAGCCAUUGGCUGUGGCUCAUACUUUACAGCUGUCUUGUACGUGGAGCAUUGGUGUCAAGAGCAUUUCAACUGUCUCACGUUAGGGAGUCCAGAUUUUUCCCAUCUAGAGAUGCUGCCGCACCACAUAGAAAUUCUAGUCUCAGCAGUUACCCAAAUAAACGAACCAGACAGUUUGUAUGGAAUCAUCCAGUCUCACAAGCUGACAUCACAAAUAAUCACUUUUGAGCAUGAGGGUAACUGGAGUAAAGCUCUGGAGUAUUAUGAUCUACAAGUACGAUCUGAAGCAUCGAUUGAGAUGGGUAAUAGUUCCGGGGAUGUUGUACCUGAAAAUUUUCAUUCGUCCUUACCUUCAUCUUCCUCCAAGUCCGAAGAUGAAAUGAGGCAAAGAAAACCACACAAAGGGCUGAUUAAAUCUUUGCAGCAAAUUGGUUGCACUCACGUAUUGGAUAUGUAUUGCCAAGGAUUAAUGUAUCGGAAAGGCCGGUUUCAGGAUGACUUAGAAUUCAAUGAGCUACAGUUUGAAGCUGCUUGGCGUGCAGGAAAUUGGGAUUUCUCUGUACUGUACAUGGGUGCUAAUUCUCCCAAGGCAGGUCAACAGAUCAGACACAACCAUUUCAACCAAAGGCUACAUGGCUGUUUGAGGGCUUUUCAAGAGGGAGAUAUCAACGAAUUUAACCUGAACCUGAAAGAAUCUAAGCAGGAGCUUCUAUUCUCGAUCUAUCAUGCAAGUGAGGAGAGCACGGAAUAUAUAUAUUCCACUAUUGUGAAGCUUCAGAUUUUCUGUCAUCUUGGGCUUGCCUGGGAUUUGCGAUGGGCAUGGUUGGAUGGGAAGAAAGAUAGUCACACUGAUUCACAGAGAUUGUUAUCUGGACCUCUUAUUCCCAACAUGGAUCAGUUGACAUGGUUGAAUACGGAAUGGAGUUGCAUUCUGAACCGUGCACAGUUACAUAUGAACCUUUUAGAACCUUUCAUUGCAUUCAGAAGAGUUAUGCUUCAAAUUUUGAGCUGUAAGGAUGGUACGGUCCAACAUCUUUUGGAAUCUGCAUCAAUUCUUCGUAAGGGAUGUAGAUUUUCUCAAGCUGCUGCAGCUUUGCAUGAGUUUAAGUUCCUCUACAUUGGCAUGGGAGGAGAAGAUUCUAAACUGUAUUGGCUUGGAAGGAUUGAAGAAGCAAAGCUUUUGCGAGCCCAGGGUCAGCAUGAGAUGGCAAUUAAUCUUGCAAAGUACAUCUCCGAACGCUUUAAGUUAAAUGAGGAAGCAGCAGAUGUAUAUCGUCUAGUUGGGAAGUGGCUGGCUGAAACACGCUCUAGCAACUCUAGGACUAUCUUGGAGAAGUAUCUGAAAAAUGCAGUUACCCUUGCUAACGAUCACCAGGCUACAGACAAGAAGUCCAUUGCAAGAAAAAGCCAAACACAUUUCCAUCUUGCUCAUUAUGCCGAUGCUCUAUUUCGUAGUUAUGAGGAAAGACUAACCUCUAAUGAGUGGCAAGCAGCAAUGCGCUUGAGAAAACAUAAGACAAAAGAGCUGGAGGCACUAAUUAGACGAUACAAGAAUUCAUCCAAGGGUGAGAAGACAGAUUAUUCAGUAAAAAUACAAGAGCUGCAAAAACAACUUGCAAUGGACAGGGAGGAGGCUAAAAAGUUGCAGCAAGACAGGGAUAAUUUCCUCAGCAUUGCACUUGAAGGAUAUAAGCAAUGUCUGGUCAUUGGGGACAAAUAUGAUGUACGAGUGGUUUUUCGACUUGUAUCUCUGUGGUUUGGUUUAUGCACAAGACAAAUUGUUGUAAAUGGAAUGCUCAGUACAAUCAAAGAGGUGCAAUCUUACAAGUUCAUACCCCUAGUAUACCAAAUUGCUUCAAGGCUGGGUAGCUCAAAAGAUAGUCAGGGACCUAAUACUUUUCAGUUUGCUUUGGUUUCUCUAUUAAAGAAAAUGGCAAUUGAUCAUCCAUAUCACACAAUCUUUCAGCUUUUGGCACUCGCAAAUGGUGACCGUGUCAAGGACAAGCAGAGCAGUAGAAACUCAUUUGUGGUGGAUAUGGAUAAAAAGUAUGCUGCUGAAAGCCUUCUAAAAGAGUUAUCUUCAUAUCACGAAGCUGUAAUUAGACAAAUGAAGCAGAUGGUAGAAAUCUAUAUCAGACUUGCUGAACUAGAAACAAAACGAGAGGAUACCAAUAAAAAGAUUGCUCUACCAAGAGAUAUUCGCAGCGUUCGGCAACUUGAACUCGUUCCUGUAGUGACAUCAAGUUUUCCAGUUGACCCUAGUUGUCAGUAUGAUGAAGGGUCUUUCCCGCAUUUCAAAGGUUUAGCAGAUUCAGUCACGAUCAUGAACGGCAUAAACGCUCCAAAAGUUGUUGAGUGCCUCGGUUCAGAUGGUAAAAAGUAUCGGCAGCUAGCAAAAUCUGGAAAUGAUGACCUGAGACAAGAUGCUGUAAUGGAGCAGUUCUUUGCCUUGGUCAACACUUUCUUACAGAACCACAGGGAUACAUGGAAAAGGAGAUUAGGGAUACGGACAUACAAGGUGGUUCCUUUUACUCCAAGUGCUGGUGUUCUUGAGUGGGUAAAUGGCACAUUACCUUUAGGCGAAUACCUUACAGGAAGUACGAGAAAUGGAGGUGCCCAUGGACGUUAUGGAAUAGGAGAUUGGUCAUUUCCCAAAUGUAGGCAGCACAUGGCUACAGAAAAUAACAAGCGUAAGGCAUUCCAAGAAGUCUGUGAUAAUUUCAGACCGGUCAUGCAUCACUUUUUCCUAGAAAGAUUUUUGCAUCCAGCUGACUGGUUUGAAAAACGGCUUGCUUAUACAAGAAGUGUCGCAGCUAGUUCAAUGGUCGGUUACAUUGUGGGUCUUGGAGAUCGGCAUUCCUUGAACAUCUUAAUUGAUCAAGCAACUGCAGAAGUUGUGCACAUUGAUCUUGGUGUUGCCUUUGAGCAAGGGUUGAUGCUGAAAACACCUGAGCGGGUCCCAUUCAGACUGACGAGGGACAUUAUUGAUGGUAUGGGGGUGACUGGUAUUGAAGGGGUUUUCAGAAGGUGUUGUGAAGAAAAUCUUUCAGUUAUGCGAACAAAUAAAGAAGCUUUGCUGACCAUCAUUGAAGUUUUUAUCCAUGAUCCUUUAUACAAGUGGGCUCUAUCACCUCUAAAGGCUUUGGAGCGCCAAAAGGAAACUGAUGAUGAUCUGGAGACAAGCUUGGAGGACUCUGAAAAUGAAUAUGAAGGAAAUAAAGAUGCGGCACGUGCUCUUCUGCGUGUUAAGCAGAAGCUUGAUGGAUAUGAAGAAGGCGAAAUGAGGAGUGUGCAUGGACAGGUUCAACAAUUGAUACAGGACGCAAUCGAUCCCGAUCGCCUGUGUCAGAUGUUUCCGGGAUGGGGAUCGUGGUUGUAGCAAACGACACCCGACCAAAGCUUAACUGCUGUACAGUUUUCGUGCACUGAUCUUAUCCCGUGUAUAUGAUUCGAGUUUUUUUUUCUGUGUCCUUUUCUAUUUCAUGUACAGUUCAUCUCUAAGAGCAAUGAAAAAUACUAAUACAUAAACCCAAGCCUAUUUUUUGCACUAUGUUCAUAAGCUAUUUAGUUAAAUGACCUUCGAAACUCAAUUUAAGAAUUUAAUGUAAUCUUAAG